AUGGCUUCAAAGUUUCUCCGGGAAUAUAAACUAGUCGUAGUAGGAGGUGGAGGCGUGGGAAAAUCAUGCUUGACUAUUCAGCUCAUACAAAGUCAUUUUGUGGACGAAUACGAUCCUACGAUUGAAGACUCAUAUCGCAAGCAAUGCAUGAUUGACGACGAGACGGCCCUUCUCGAUGUCCUCGAUACCGCCGGACAAGAAGAAUAUUCCGCGAUGCGAGAGCAAUACAUGCGGACGGGUGAAGGCUUCUUGCUUGUCUAUUCCAUAACCUCUCGACAGUCUUUUGAAGAAAUCAUGACUUUUCAGCAACAGAUCCUGCGUGUGAAAGAUAAGGAUUACUUCCCAAUGAUUCUGGUGGGCAACAAGUGCGAUCUUGAGUCGGAGAGACAAGUUUCGAAAGAGGAGGGAGCCGCACUGGCUCGACAGUUCGGAUGCAAGUUCAUUGAGACGUCGGCCAAGUCGAGAAUACAUGUGGACGACGCCUUCUACGACCUAGUAAGGGAGAUUCGACGAUACAAUCGGGAGAUGGCGGGAUACUCGGCCGGCGCGCCUCAACUUGGUUCACAUGGUCCCGGUCAAAAACUGGAGAUGGAUCAUCAAGCACAAAGUGCAGGAUGUUGUAGCAGAUGUGUGGUCAUGUAA